UGAGAACUGGGAUGGCAACUAUCUCUGCACUCCGUAAUUAUUGUAGUGGAUGUGAAGUGGAGUCCACUGUAAACACCAGUUGGAAACAGACUUUAAAAACGAUCUAUUUGUUUCCAAUUUGUCGAAGUUAAUGCAACAUUUUAAUGGAUACCCAUCUGUGAUGAAUGGACGCAUUUGAUUGUAUGCUUCGACUGAUUUCAGCUUUUCCAUUCCAUAGACCGAUCUACAGGCUGUCAGCGAUCAUUAUAGUUGUGUUCGAGAGCGGUCGAUGAAAUCGGCCUCUAAUAAAUAAUGGAGACCGUGCGGACAUCUAUGAGAAUGAGUUGCCCGUUUUUAAUGAAGAGGCUGAUACGAGGUUAACUUACUUUACUGUAAACGUCAGAGUUGGGGGAACAUUAAGUUGUCUUCAGUCAGGAUGGGAGUCCUCAAGAUCAUGCUGCUCAUCUUUGAGUCCGUUCUGUUGUCUGACUGUGCAAGGGGUCCUCCGUGGGUGUCUGAGAGGGUGGCCCACAGACAGCCAGUACGCCUGGGGAGUUCCAUCAAGCUACCAUGCCCUGUGGAGGGAGACCCUCCACCCCUCAUCAUGUGGACCAAGGACGGCCGCAACAUCCACAGCGGCUGGAUCCGCUUCCGCAUCCUCCGCCUGGGCCUGAAGAUCAAGGAGGUGGAGGCCGAGGAUGCUGGAACCUACGUCUGCAAAGCCACCAAUGGCUUCGGCAGUGUUAACAUCAACUAUACCCUCAUUGUCAUCGAUUACUCUGGCGCUGAUAAGACUGGGCCAGGGGUCCCUGGUGGGGUGGACUCAGAGUAUGGCCCUGACGGCCUAUCAGGAAAACUAGUUCGACCCCGUUUCACCCAGCCUGCUAAAAUGAGGAAGCGUGUGAUCGCCCGGCCCGUCGGGAGUUCUGUGCGGCUGAAGUGUACGGCCAGCGGUAACCCUCGGCCAGACAUUGUGUGGCUGAAGGACGACAGACCACUGACAGAGAGUGAGGUGGGCGAGGGGCGCCAGAAGAAGUGGACCCUGAGCCUGAGGAACCUGACCCCGGAGAACAGCGGCAGGUACACCUGCAGGGUCUCCAACCGAGCCGGAGAGAUCAAUGCCACCUACAAAGUGGAGGUCAUACAGCGGACCAACUCCAAGCCCAUCCUGACAGGCACUCACCCGGUCAACACCACAGUGGACUACGGUGGGACUACCUCAUUCCAGUGCAAAGUGAGGAGCGAUGUCAAACCCGUCAUCCAGUGGCUCAAGCGUGUGGAGUCCAACGAGGAGAGUCGGUACAACUCCACCAUUGAGGUGGGCGACCAUCACUUCGUGGUGCUGCCCACGGGAGAGGUGUGGUCACGCCCUGAUGGCUCCUACCUCAACAAGCUGCUCAUCACCCGUGCCAAGGAGGAGGACUCUGGCAUGUACAUCUGCCUGGGCGCCAACACCAUGGGCUACAGCUUCCGCAGCGCCUUCCUCACCGUUCUGCCAGACACCAAGCCACCCAUCACCCCGAUGUUCACCCCAGCCUCCAGCCCCCUCCCCUGGCCUGUCAUCAUUGGCAUCCCUGCUGGCAUGGUGUUCAUCUUUGGUACAGUGCUGCUGUGGUUCUGCCAGAGUAAAAAGCACUGUUCCCCAACCAGCACUGCGUCUGCCCAGGUCCUGCAGGCCUCCCACCGGCUGCCCUACCGGGAGAGGGACAGGAGCUUUGUGGUCCCUUCCUCCAGCCCAGAGAAGGACUGCCUGGGCUCCAUAAACUAUGAGGAGUAUCUGGCUCAGCAGCAGCUUCUCCUCACUCAAGGGGGCUCUGCCCCCCCCCCCCCCAAAAUCUACCCCAAAAUCUACAAUGACAUCCACACUCACACACACUCCCACGUGGACGGGAAGGUGCACCAGCACAUUCACUUUCAGUGUUAGCCAUGUGUCAAAUGUUGUCCCCUCUCUGCGCCUCUGAAGGAUUGCAUCGUAAAGCGAAGGUUUGAGCUUUGGACUGAACCUCAGAGAACAGCUCUCUGGUUAAACACAUCUGGGGCUGCUCUUUGAACUGUCACCUUGCCAGUGCUGGAUCUUGAUCUAACUGGACAUUACUGGAGCUUUAUAAUGAUCAUUCAGUACUGUACAACAGUGAAAUUAAGGUGAUGGUACAUGAGCAGUUUUAGUGCAUAAAUGGCUGCCCUAGUGAUUUCUCAACUAAAAUAACAUCUUCCAAUGACAAUGUAUGGUUUUUACUGUACCUGCAAACCUGCCUGGUCCUUGGUGCUACUUUUUUUCAUAUCAAAACCACUGAACCCUGAUGUGCACUUAAAUCACCAAAAGAUUCUGCAAUGCGUUAAAGGCAGCUAUUCAGACUUACUGAGAGUACAUAUCCAUCAGUAAAUACAGAAAUAAUCCAUCAUUAACUUGUGUUAACCCAUAUCAACUAACCAACAAGGAUUAGGGUCCGUUUUGACCUUUACCUCUCAUGUUGGGUACAAGAUACAGUACUUAAGCUCUGCUAGGUGAUGUUGAAGGCGGUAUGGAAUACAAUACAAAAGGGCUGGUAUUACGCUCAUACUCAGGUAGCCCCUUUGAUUUUUGUAAAUGUUUCUUUAUUGUUCAAAUGCACAUCCAUUUAACCCUGACCACUAUUGAUGUGCCAUCAAUAAUCCUGUUUUUCAAUCACAAAGGCAAUAUGAAAAUACAUUGUUAGCAUUUAUUUGGUAUUUGAAUCAUGUCCAUAAAGACUACAAAUAGAAUAUUGUUCCAAUGUUGACUGGACUCGCUCAAUAUCAUUGCCAGAAUCCAAACGUUACCACCACUAGCCUUGUGUUUUGUAGAAUCCUUGCAAAUAGACCGCAGUCUAAUUCAACCACAUUUUAGAUGUAGUCAUGGAGACAAUUUAUUUUUAAAAGUCAGGCAUUUUGAUAAAAAGAAACACAUUUAAUAAGGUUGUAGUUGCAAUGUAAUAUGAAAGACAAUGCCAAACAGGAUAAUCAUAGUUUAUGCAAGUACUUAUACACAAUUGGUUGUUUGACAAUCUUGUAUGAUAUACCCCAUUAAAAUACGUUUUGAUAAAAGGACAGGCAAAUAGA